CGUCGCAAGUCCGCGCUGCUCCUCUGUCUUCGCACAAUGGCUCUCUCGCACCCAAACAUCGAGGACGGCUGGUUCAAAGAAACCUGUGCCCUGUGGCCUGGCCAAGCUAUGACCCUCCAGGUUAAGAGCAUUUUGCAUGUCGAAAAGUCGCUCUACCAGGAUGUGCUGGUCUUUGAAUCCGAGACCUACGGCAACGUCCUCGUCCUCGAUGGCGUCAUUCAGGCGACCGAGCGCGACGAGUUUGCCUACCAGGAGAUGAUCGCCCACCUCCCCCUCAACGCCCACCCCAACCCCAAGAAGGUUCUCGUCAUCGGCGGUGGCGACGGCGGGGUCCUGCGCGAGGUCGUCAAGCACGACUCUGUCGAGCAGGUUGUUCUCGUCGAGAUUGACGAGGCCGUCGUCCGUGCCUCCAAGGCCUUCCUCCCGAACAUGGCAGCGGGCUUCCAUCAUCCCAAGGUCAAGGUCCACAUUGGCGACGGCUUUGCCUAUCUGAAAGACAACGUGCAGUCGUACGAUGUUAUCAUCACCGACUCGUCGGAUCCCGUUGGUCCGGCCGAGUCUCUCUUUGGCGAGACGUUCUACAAUCUGAUGCGCCAAUCGCUGCUGCCCGGAGGCAUCAUCUGCAUCCAGGGCGAGUGCCAGUGGCUCCACCUCGACCUUAUCAAGGAGGUGCUCGACAAUUCGCGCAAGAUCUACCCGACUGUCGAGUACGCCUGGUGCUCUAUCCCGACAUACCCCAGCGGCCAGAUUGGCUUUGUCCUCUGCUGCAACGAGGCCGGCCGUGAUCUCAAGGCGCCUGUCCGCAAGUUCUCGCCCGAGUUUGAGAGCACGCAUCUGCGAUACUACAACUCGGACGUCCACAGGGCGGCGUUUGUGCUGCCCAACUUUGCCAAGAUUGCCCUGACCAAGAACUAGUUUUUCACAGAGCUGCCCCUUCCGUCUGGCCCCUGUUUCGAUAGCCUCACUGCAGUUUUGCUGACCCCCCCCCUCCCACGCAUUUGCACUUUUGACUCAACCAAAUAAACCUCUGCAUAUCACAUCGUCCA